AUUAGCUCGCUGGGUGUCUGAGCGGAUUGUGGAAGAGGAAGGGGAGAGCGCUUGUUGCUGUGGCCGAAGGUGCGCCUUUUCCGGGCAGAAGCGGGAGAGGCCGGUCCGGCUGAAGCUGUCCGCUAUGAGGAGAGUAACGCUGUUCGUUAACGGCACGUGCACGAACGGAAAGGUGGUGGCCGUGUACGGAUCCCUGGAGGACCUGCUGUGUGUGGCCGGCUCCAAGCUGGGCAUUCGAGCCUCCAACGUGUACAACGGGAACGGCGGCCUCAUCGACGACAUCGCGCUGAUCAGAGACGAUGACGUGCUCUACGUUUCUGAGGGAGACUCAUUUGAAGAUCCGCAGGAUGACCCGAGAGGCCCUGAUAAGGAUCAGACUCACACUGAUUGGCUGACUCUCAACGUCGGUGGGCGCUGCUUUACGACGACGAGGAGCACGUUAGUCAGUAAGGAGCCGGAGAGUAUGCUGGCCCACAUGUUCAGAGAGAAAGACGUGUGGGCAAACAAGCGUGACCGUCAGGGCGCGUACCUGAUCGACCGCAGCCCGGACUACUUUGAGCCCAUCCUGAACUACCUGCGGCAUGGACAGCUCAUCAUCAAUGAGGGGAUCAACCCCCUCGGUGUGCUGGAAGAAGCUCGCUUCUUUGGGAUCGAGCAGCUCGCCGAACAGCUGGAGGCCCUCAUAAAGUCCUCUCAGCCUCCUGACGAUCACUCACCUUUGACCCGGAAAGAGUUCAUCAGGUUCCUGUUGGCCACGACCACAAAGUCCGAGCUGCGCUGUCAGGGUCUGAACUUCACUGGUGCCGACCUGUCUCGUCUGGACCUGCGUUACAUCAACUUUAAGAUGGCCAACCUGAGAGGAACCAACCUGACCCACGCUAACCUGAGCGGGGCCAACCUGGAGCGAGCCGACCUGUCCGCGGCCUGCCUUGACUGCGCCAACCUGCAGGGCGUGAAGAUGUUGUGCACCAACGCUGAAGGAGCAUCGUUGCGAGGCUGCAACUUUGAGGAUCCUGCAGGAGUCAAGGCCAACCUGGAGGGGGCCAACCUGAAGGGCGUGGACAUGGAGGGAAGUCAGAUGACGGGCAUCAACCUGAGAGUUGCCACGCUGAAGAAUGCCAAAUUGAAGAACUGUAACCUGCGGGGGGCAACUCUGGCUGGGACUGACCUCGAGAACUGUGACUUGUCCGGCUGCGACCUUCAGGAGGCGAACCUGCGGGGCUCCAACGUGAAGGGUGCCAUCUUUGAGGAGAUGCUUACGCCUCUACACAUGUCUCAGAGCGUGCGGUGAACCCGUUUUCCAUAACCAUGUACACUCAGUGCCACACCGACCAAUGAAUGCCAAACUUUUUUUUUUUUCUCUCUACUCUCGACCCAAAAAAGUGGGUGAGCCACAAAAUUAAAACCUGCUGUUCCUACCCUGAACCUUCUUCGCAGGUGGGGGCUCCUGUGUUCUGCUUUAACCUCUUUAAACCCAGUUUGGGCUCUUUGUUAUUCUCUUAGAUGCUGCUGAGCAGUUUGUGUUGUUGUGGGAGACAGCUGCCACCGGGCGUGCCAUGCUUGGCUUACUGUGAUUCUUUGUCGAGUGGUCCGUGUCAGAAGCGUCCACCUGAACACCAGGACCCGUUGGAUCACAGUGAGAUGUUCGGUGUCUUGCAGAGGCUUUAAUGUUGUGGCUGCUCAUAACGUUAGCUUUAUUUCAGCGUUUUCAGACACAUCUGAAGUUCUGAUGCCUGCAGUAUUUCUGAUUUUAUUUGUUUGUUUUUUUGUAAAUGUAACGCAGGUUUGUGGUUGAGGCUUGUAUAAUUGUAUAUUUUAAAGGGGACCUAUUCUUUGCAUCCCUGACAGUUCAUAAAAAAACCAUCACAAACUAGGCCUCAGUGCAGCUCCUGAGCUCUGUGAUGUCCCUCAAGGAUCUACUCUUGGUCCUCCUAUUUUUCAUUAUACCUGCUUCCUGUUAGGACUUAUGUUUAGAAAGCAUAAUAUUUUUUUCUCAUCGUUAUGGAGCUCGUACCCUGUUUUAUUUUGCAUAUGACCAAAAAUGCCCAGCAGUCACUUUAAUGCUCUGUAAAAGGAUAAAAAAAAAAAAAAAAAAAAAAGGCUGAAGUAUUUAGACUGAUGAUUGGGAGUGUCAAAGGGAACCACAGCAAUCCUGUCAGUGAUUGAAUUAGAUUAAAGCAGGUCAACGGAAAAACGAAGGAUCGACCUGUGAACUAAUUUUUCUGCAGCUUUACAGAUGUUAAAGUUUUCUCUGGUUUAAGGCCAGCUUGUGGUGGAAACUCUGAGGCAUGUUGUUUUCCAUUAAAAUCGCAGGCCUUGGUCAUCUGAAUUAUUUUGGGAUGAACUUAUUAUUUUGUAGGGUAUUUCUUUUACUGUGUAGGCUUAGUUCACACCACAAACCUUUAAUCCAUGCUUCUCUUUUGACCUCGCUGCUAAGAAGUGUCUUAAUAUUAGAUAAUCUUUUGUUUUAGUUUUUUUUUUUUUUUUUUUUUUUUUUUUAGCUUCCCCCACUUUAAGCCAACUUUAAUCUGAUUGGCUGUCCCCUCUCUGUGACAUACAGAGCCAUAAGUAGAAAAAACUAAGAUGAACUAAGUGAUUCGAUCAGCACAUUAUCAGAAACUUACAUUUAACAUGAAACUCUGCUCUGGAACAGGAAGUGAUGCACGACAGGAAGUGAGGAAGAGCAGAGCAGGUCCUCUUUAAAAUCAAUGAGCAUUUCUCUGUAUCAUGUACAUGCAAACAAAAUUUCAUUUGAAAGAGUUUCAUGGAAGAAAAAUGAUGAGUGAGAAGUCAAUCCUGCUCACCCCCGUUUGUGUGGAGCUGGGACCAGCUUUACCUCCCUCAUGUUACCUCUGAGCGGCUGAUUUUCCCCUCGUUGUGAGAGGUGCAGCAGGCUGAAAUAAACUGGAAUGAGCCUUUAAUAAGAAGCAGAAACGGGUGUUGUUGUAAUAAAACAGUAAUGUCAGUGUUUCUGAGAUUUUAGUGACUGUCAGGAGUGAGGCAAGGCGUCUCCUCUGCUCUUCAUCCUGUUUAAUAAAUCUGUUGUUUCUUAAGUUUA